AUGUUUAUUGCUUGCUGUUUUAGUAGAAAAAUGAAGUGCACAAUUGACAGAUACAAAACUCAAACGAUUUGUUAUUAUUUACCUGAAAAUUCAGAUGUUGCUGCUUUCUUCAAAUUAUUUAUUAUACCUCUUCUCAGUCUAAUAUUUGAGCUUCAAUUUUUUCAUAUUAAAUUUAAAAAAUUGUUGGUGGAGUCUCAAAGCAACCCUGAAAAGGAUCCGCUUCUAGUAUGGUUUAAUGGGGGUCCAGGAUGCAGCUCUCUGAUCGGUUUCUUCCUAGAACUUGGUCCUUUCCGGGUCAAUCCAGAUGGCAUCACUUUUAUGAAAGUGCAUAGUAAAGAUUAUUUUUAUUUUCAGGAAGCAAAUGUUUUGUUUUUAGAAUCACCGAGAGGAGUCGGUUUCUCUUAUCAUGAUAAUUCAAUCAAACCUGAUGACGACAAAUACACUACUGAUAAUGCUGAUGCAUUAGAACAAUUUUUCCAAUUAUAUCCAGAAUAUAUUGGACGUGAUUUUUACUUAAGUGGGGAAUCGUAUGCUGGUGUGUACUUGCCAACUCUUACAGAUAUACUCAUAAAACGGAUUAAGGAAGGAAGCAUUGUGGGUAUGAACUUGCGUGGAAUCGCAAUUGGUAACGGAAUACUCAGUGAAUACUAUCAAAUGAACUCAGUUGUCACUUUGCUUUAUUAUUACGGUAUUUUUGGAGAGGAGUAA